AGGAUGAGGGAAUAGUUGAAUUUUGUGAAUGUGAGAAGAGCAGAGCAGAGCAAUUUGCAGAGACCAAUUUCAGGAAAUGGCUUCUCUUUGCUGCAACGUUACGCAAAUUUCUUCAUUUCUAGCAAAUAAAUCAGUGAGCGGCAGCCCCUCCAGAUCUCCAUUGCGCUCUGCUGUUGCUCUACCUCGCUUUCAGAAGAAUGGGAUAGUGUGCAGGGCACAGAAAAGUGAGAGCGAGAAAAAGAACUGCUUGCCCAGCUUAGCUGCUCCAUUAAUGGCUGCUGCAACCUUUUCAGUUUCCAACAGCAAUGCGUUUGCUUUGGUUGAUGAAAGGAUGUCUACAGAGGGCACUGGACUUGGUUUGGGUCUGAGCAAUCCCCUCCUUGGAUGGAUUUUGCUUGGAGUUUUUGGACUCAUUUGGACCGUUUACCUUACCACUUACCAGGGUGUUGCAGACGAUGAGGACUCUGGUCUUUCUCUGUAAACAUCCAUGUGGGUAUUCUUAUUGUUAAUUUAAUCGAAAUGUUUGAAGAAGGAAUAUCAUCGAUUUAUAGAUGAGGAUUUAGUUUCAUGUAGUUGUGAUUGUCAUGAGCAAAUAGAACUUUGCCCUUCUCAUGAACCUGAUAAGUUUAAUGUAUUUUGGCAUCCAUAGUUCCUACUCUUUGAAGCAAAUAAAAGGACUCCUCUCAAAUA